AUGGCUAGUCCACGUACUCGCAGUAUACUUAAAGAUCUAAAAUUAAAAGACGAUAACAACGUUUGUUUCGAAUGUGGAGCAAUGAAUCCCCAAUGGGUUAGUGUCAGUUAUGCAAUGACACUACAACAGAAAUACAAUUCAAAAACAGCUGCACUGUAUCGUGAUAAAAUAUUAACAGAAUCACAAGGAAAAUCAUGGGAUAUCAAUAGUUCGCCAGCUCAAAAUCAUACUUCAUUCAGCUCGUCAACAUACGAAAAUAAACCCAAAUCUCAAUCAUCCUCAAAUGAAUGGACUCAAUUCCAGUCGACUUCCUCUUCGAAAAAUAAUGCAGCUGAUCGUGGCUAUCAAAAUUAUUCGGAUAAUGACAAUGAUUCAUACGGUAAUUCUUUUUCUUAUCAUAACAACAGUAAUACUGAUACCUCGAGUCGGGGAAGCGGAGGUAAUAAAGAUGAUAAAUAUUGGGGAUUUGGAAAUACAAACUAUGACCCAUCCGAACAGAAAAAAUUAAAUAAUUCCGAUCUCGUAUCAUCAUUAUCAACUGGUGUAUCAGCAUUAGGCGUUACUGGUGGUAAAUGGCUAAAUGUUGCAAAAGAUUCUGUAUUUAAAAUAUCAAAACAGGCAGCUGAAAAAAGUAUGGAGUUAGGUAAAUCCGUUGGCGAACAAGCAAAAGAUGGAACACUAAUAAACAAUGUACAAACAGGUGUUACAUCUAUAGCAUCAACGGUUGGAAAAUUAAGUACAAAAACAUGGAGUGAUAUGCAAUCACUCUGGGCAGGAAAAGAUUAUCAUAAUAUGUCGUCAAACAGUGAGGGUUCAAGUCUGGUACAUCAGAAAAAUACAUCAUCAGUAUUAAAUGAUGACUAUCGACAACAACAAUACAACAGCGAUAGUGGUGGUGGAGGUGGUGGUUAUCAAAAUAUUUAUCCAAGUAUUCCACAACAAACGCCUCAACAACAAGUAACGAACGAUCGUCAUGAUGUGAGCUUUGAGUCUUGGUUGAACGCUGACAAUGCAUCUACAAAGGAUAUUAAUCAAGUUGAGCCGAAACAACAACAGAAAAAACCGAUAACACCUAAAUUACAACAGCAACGUUCAACGCCAUCGCCUCAACCUGUAUCUUCCUCUGUUAAUCCUCCAUCGGCAUCAAAAACAGUCAGUCAAAAAAAACCACAAAAACAAACGCAGAAUUUGAUUAAUUUUGAUGAUGAAACAAAAUGGACAAAUGAAGAUGAUGGAGAAUGGGAAUCAAUUGAUACGAAAUAG